GUAUAGAAAAUGUCGAUUUCCAGCUUUGUAUUUGACAAAUAUGACACUGUUUCAAUGCAAGCUCGGGGCCGUUUUUCUCCCUUUCUCUGGUUCGUACUGCGCGUGCGCUCUGCAUCCAUCUGUGUACCACACAGGAAUUUGUAAGCUUAAAUAAAGAUGCUCAACGUCUCGGCUCGAUGGUGCCUUCGAAUCGGCGAAACUGAUUUAUCCUGAAAGGAAAACAGAAGAGCAGAACUCAAUAUAGGAUUUUAACACACAUUUCCACAACCCAUUAAAGUCAUAGUGUAUCAUAAAUCAAUUCCAGCUAUGGAAUUGAAGAAAUCAAUUUCUGAAACCGAGCGCUCAUUGAAGAGCUACGGCUCUGUAUCGGAAACGGAAUGGACAAAAGACAAAGGUCAGUCAGAUGUGUCCAUGGCGGAGAGCAUCAUGUCUCCAGAUGAGAUUGAAGUGGAGAUGGCUCGCAUCCAGCGCCUCAGGGAGGUGCUGGUAAGGAGGGAGUCCGAACUGCGCUUUAUGGCGGACGACAUCCAGCUCUGCAAAGACAUCAUGAGUCUGAAACAGGAGCUGAGGAAGGUGGUAACUGUACCAGAGAAAGAGAAGACCAAGAAACAGAGACAGUGGGAGGAGGAGUUGAUCCUGAAAAUCCAUAAACUGGUGCAGAAGAGGGAUUUCCUAGUGGACGAUGCAGAGGUGGAGAGAUUAAGGGAGCAGGAGGAGGACAAGGAGAUGGCUGAGUUCCUGAGACAGAAGCUGAUGCCUCUGGAGAAGCUGGCCAGAGAAGCUGCCCAAAAUCCCCAGAAGCCCAAGAGACAAGUCCCUGAUCCUCCGCCCAGCAAGCCAUCCGUCACCAAGUCCAUCACCAUCAUCAAGGACUGCUGCGGAGCCACCCAGUGUUGUAUCAUGUAACCGUGGUUACCGAGGAGUUGAGGACAGUACACCCUCCCAUUCACAGCACCACCCUAGUAACAACAACACAGUCACACUGUACAUCUGUCACCUGACCUGGUCUCUUGGUGCCAUAUCACCUAUCGUUACAUAAUUUCCUGUGAUCCAGAGAACCCUGGUGCAAAAUGGACGCCCUUAUACGUGAUAGAUGGACAGGUCUGGCCACAUGUAAAUAAUGGAAUAACAGAAAUGUAAAUGAAAUAUGUGGCACUAUAUAAUGUUAAAAGGCAAUUGGAAAUUGAAUAUAUGGGACCUGUACAGUAUUGUAAGCAAUACACCAAUUUAUAUUGAUUUAGGGAUAUCCCUCUUGAAACAU